AUGGGCAAGCUUUAAACAAAAGCAACAGACUUGGUUGCAAGAUCAAGAGUCUCUGAAGCAAAAACAAACGAUCAGCGAUGCUUUGUCAAAUGGCAAGUAAAUAAACCAAACAUUACCCGAAAGAACGCUAUAGAUGGCGCGCACGACUCUCGUUCUCCGUAUCUAAGUAUCGAACGUUAUUUUUACCCAAAUAUCAUUACGUCGUAAUUCCUUUAUGACGUCAUAAUCGUUCCCGAAUAAAACAAAUAAAGUUUUGCGGGUUUCAACAGCGUUGAGAGGCGGAGAUUUUGUUUUAUUGAGAAUUUUUAAAGUUUUCAUCGGAAAUACCGAAAAAGACGCAAUGGAACUUUCAAGCAAGGUAUUGGUUUCUCGCGGUGGAGCAUUAAUAAGGCGAGAAGAUGAGGUGGUCAUCUUUUACAUCCGAAAGAUGGUUGUCCUUAAUACGAAGACUGGAGAUAUUAUUUUCAGACCCAAAUUUACAGAAUCAGUUGAUCUGAAUUGGGCCUCAUCAAACGAUGCUGGAGACUACAUUGUCAAGAAAUCGGUUAGUGACGGGGUGUUGGAGACAGGGGGAUACUGUCACGUGAUCACAGGAAGAAGCUCCAAAAUCACCGAAGUCAAGGGCGGUCUUGAAAAAUGUAACAGAAACAACAAUCAGCUUCAGAAACAGACUCUGGGGCCGACUACAAACUGGUCUCCAAUCCAAACUGUUCUAACAGCUGUACAGGAGGAUAAAAGCAGUGAAAUAACAAGACAAGAAGAGGUGAAGGCUAAAGAGGCAAGACGAAGACAGAUUGAAGAUUUCUUUACUGAUCCCGUGGACCGGGAGAUGUUUCCAUUAAAUGCCACCGAAACCUCAACAACCCGUACCAUCAGACCUGCAGAGAUACCAACAGCUGAAGAGAGUAUUUCGACAAUGUUAGGAAAAUUCAGCGCCGCCCUGUUGGACAAAGACUUCAUGCGGGAGGUUUAUGAAUAUCGCCGUUUACCGAGGCCACCAGCCCGAGGACUGGCACCACUAUCCUAUGAAUGGCUGACACUAAACACGUACUCUGGACUGAUGCAAUCCAUAGAACAACAGGCUCCCGGGGACUCGCAGGUCAACGCAAAUAUCCAACAAAGGCUUGACACUGAAAUUGAAACAAUAGACGAUCAAGGAAUCAAAGAAUCUGAUCCAUGUUCUAGCGUGGAUGAGGAAGAGCAGAACGAACAUCAAACAUCCCGGUUUGUGCGACUAUUUUGCUGUGGCGCCACCUCCCGUCCAAAAAUGAUAAAAGAUGAGAAUCAAAAGAAAAGAAAAGGAUUUCUUUCCCAAAUCAGAAAAAUGUUCGGGAGAAAAUAAAGAUUUUCAACGGGGGGAAAUCUACAGUGCUUUGAUAAACAAUGACUUAAAACGAGAUUGAAACCAACGAACUUGAUUGUUUUCAUUACACACUCUCUGUGUACACAAAAUACUCCAAUGUAUCGUUAAAAAAUUGUUUGUUAAACAUGCAAAUAUCAUAAAGCUUUUCUAUUACAUGUACUAUAAGGGUAAAGAAAAUUUAACGAACUGGGGUUAAUUUGAAUUUAACUACAUUGUAUUUAUUUUAUUAGGUUAAGCGAAAUAAACU